GUAUUCGAUUUUAAUAACUGCUUACUUAAUCGUCUUGUAUUUUACUUGCUUUAACUUAUUCGUCAAAAUGAUUGAUUUCUGGAUUUAGUCCCUUAACACAUCUCUAAAAUCACCCGUUUCAUUCCCAGUCCUCCUGAGCGGUUAUGUGCCAGCGACAUUAUGGCUUUCAUCAUCAUCAUCAUCAUGCGUCAGGUGUCUUCGAACCUAGAAUUUAGCCUUGGUGAUAGAGGCUUUGCAAGCGCCCGUGUGGUAAUCGGCGGCCAUGCUAGUCAGCCAGUUCCGGACCACAUGCAGGGUAAAGGCACCAAUCGCGACCACACCCAGCACGACGUCGCGGAGGUGGUCGUGGCUAAACGCUUCACGCUCUGCUGUGUCGCCGCCAACGCCUUAAUCGUGAUCGUGCUCUUCGCAAUCACCGGCGCCGUCUGGUACCGCUACGUGGCACGGCCUAGCAGUCUGUUCAUGCGCACCACUCGUGACCCCGAGAAGCUGCCGAAGGUUCUUGUCGGCGUAGUUCAAACCUCGAGCUCCACUUCCCCGCUUCGUGUGACUCCUCCUAUCCUUGUCGGUGGCCGCGCUCCCGCGACCAGAGCGGACGCCUUGAGCAGCGCGGGGGCCUCUACAGAAGGACUGACCGCGCGUGAGGAGGACCUUUUGCCAGCGCCUUUGUGAGACAGCACGGGAGUACAGUGCGUGCAGUGCAGUCGUAUUGCUGUAAAUAACACCACGCUUGGCGAACUUCAGAGCCGUAGUGGAAUAAACACAGCGAAACGCUUACCACGUUCUGCAUAGGAGCCCGCUAAGGGUCGACUACUCUUAAAGAAUGAUUUUUUUUCGUGCUUUUCGAAGUCUAAAUGUCGCUGUGCCCGUACUGCAGUAUGACCGAAGCACGGAAAAAUCACAUCACGUCCUUCUUCGCUCAUCAUUUCUGCAGAGGUGCAAACAAACUUUCCUGGAGCGUGAAAUAAUUGUCCAAAAGAUUUAAAGAAGAAAUGUUAUCGCCAUCUGUGCUUACAGCUGGAAGCGGAGGCCUUGGAGUGACAUUUGUGUUGGAAAUGUUAUUGGGAUUUUUAGUUCUUUACUAGCCAUGUUUUUCUCUCAAAUUAUUAUUAUUUUUAUUCUUGGA